AUGCCUGACACACGGGUGUUCACUAAUCCUAUGUUUGAAUGUGCAGAAAAUUAUGAUGAAUUAAAUCCUUAUGGUCCAGGUGGUUUUCAAUUUGAGGGUGAUGAUGUUUACGUUAAUGUUGAUGAUGAUGAUGAGGUUGUGGAAACGAUUCCUCGGAACAAUAAGGGCAUUUCAAUCAAUGAAGGAGCUGGAAGUGGGAAUAAGAGUAGAGCACCAAUGACACAGAAAGGGAAGGGGAAGAGACAUGAAUCAACAAAAAUCGGUGAUUAUUUUGCACCAAGGACCACUUUGGGUUCUCAACCAACUAUCAAAAGUGCUCUCCAAACUAAAGAAGCCAUACAUAGAGCACAUAUGAUUGUUGGCAAAUUCUUUUAUGAUACUUGUAUUCCAAUCAAUGCUGUGAACUCCAUUUAUUUUCAGCCCAUGUUUGAUGCCGCAAUUGCCAUUGGUCCAGGAUAUAAGAGUUCGUGGGCUGCUUGUGGAUGUACUAUUAUGGGUGAUUGUUGGACUGAUGCUAGACAAAGAAAUCUAAUAAAUUUUCUUGUCUAUAGCCCUAUGGGAAUUGCUUUUGUGAAAUCAAUUGAUGCCUCUGAUGCUGUCAAAGAUGCUACUCUUCUUUCUAAAUUGUUUCUAGAGGUUAUUGAGUGGGUGAGAGUGUCGAAUGUUGUUCAUAUGGUGACAGAUAAUGGAGCAAAUUAUAAAGCUGCUGGAGGACUUGUAAAUGCUACUUACAAAUCUAUGAAUUGGUCUCCAUGUGCAGCUUAUUGCUUGAACUUAAUCUUAAGUGAAAUUUCCAAGAUGAAUCAUGUGCAUGAGCUUGCUAUUAAGGCAUCAACGGUGACAAGGUACAUAUACAACCGUUCAUGGUUGUUAGCUCGGUUGAGAAAGAAGAAGAGUUGGGCUGAAAUUGUACGCCCAGAAGCAACACGCUUUGCCACUACUUUCCUUGCAUUGCGUAGUAUUCAUGAGCAUAUGCAUGAUUUGCAAGCUUUGGUGACAAGUAAGGAGUUUGCAAGUUCAAGAUUUGCCAAAGAGAAGAAAGGAAAGGAUGCCAUUGAUAUCAUUUUAGAUAAACAAUUUUGGAAGGAUUGCUUCAUCAUUGUUAAGAUUGUUGAGCCACUUAUGCGUCUCUUGUGCAUUGUUGAUGGAGAUGAGAAACCGUCCAUGGGAUAUGUUUAUGAAGGCAUGUAUAGGGCAAUCAAAGGUGUUAAAGAUAUUUUCAAGAGAAAUAAGAAGUUGUAUAGGCCUUACACAACAAUCAUUAAAACUCGUUGGGAUAAUCAAUUGCGAAAGAAUAUAUAUGCGGCUGCUUAUUGGUUGAACCCAACUUUUCAAUAUGAUCAAGCUUCAUUUUGCAAAAAGCCAGAGGUUAUGAAUAGUGUACUUGAUGUGAUUGAAACUAAAGCCACAUCAAGUAAAACAAAGCUCAUGAAUGAACUUAGAUUGUUUCGAGAUCGACAAGACAGUUUUGGAAGAGAGCUUGCCAUUAUUACAUCAAAGAAAACACAACCUGAUGAAUGGUGGAAGAUGUUUGGACACAGUGCUCCAAAUUUGAAAAAGUUAGCCAUUCAAAUUCUUAGUCAAACUAGCAGCUCUUCUGGGUGUGAAAGGAAUUGGAGCGCCUUUGAACGCAUACAUACAAAGAAGAGGAAUAGACUAGAACAUCAUAGGCUUAAUGAUCUUGUAAAGUAUUACAAAACAAGGAAUUAUGAUCCCAUUGACAUUGAAAGCAUUGACAAAACCGAGUUUUGGAUAAUUGAAGAAGAAAUACUAGAACAAGAGCCUCCAUUGCUCGAUUAUGAUGAGUUCGAAAAAAUGCUUUAUGAAGAAGAUGAGCUUCCACGAUAUAAAAAGCAAUGUCAUGGUCUACGAGAUGAUGAUGUUGAGGAUGAUAUGGUGGUAGAACUUCUUAGAGAUGACAUCGACUUGGGAUCUUUUGGUGACGUGAACAUUGAUAAUAGAUCAAACAAUCUGAGCUCUAGUGCAAAUGCGAAUGAGAAUGAUGAUGAUGAUUGGCUAAAUUAUCGUCCCUAA